GGUAAUUUUUGAUUGCUUUUUUCGUCAGUUAAUCAUCUUUUGCGUUGUCAUUGAUUGUCUCAUAUUUGUGAUAAUGCUUUUUUUGUUGAUACUUCCAAUGGAAUACUUAAUUUGAUUGUGCUUGUAUGUUCUCUGUCCGUCUCAACUUGCUAACACUUUUCACUUCAUUAUCCAUUCCAUAAACUUUCUGUUUCCAAAGAAGAUUAAAUUAGGAAUAACUGGCGCAGAAUAUUGUAUUACUGUUAAGUAACUAGAAUAUAUAUGUUUAUAUUUCUUUUAUCAUAAGCUUUACAUUGACUUAUUGGCUAUUAUUGUAUGACUUUUUUAUUCUUAACUCAUCCCAAAUCUUUUGGUUACAGUCUCUCACACUCACAGUCACUCUUGGCUUGAUCUUGUAUAACGGCAAUUUUUAUUUUACGGCGUGAUGCGGUCUAGUUUGCUUGUAUAUACUACGCAUGUCUGGAAUAUAUUAUUUCUACAGUGGAGGCUGAGACUGUGUUCUCGACUCAACAGAUAGGACAAGGCGCGAAGGACCAAUGAGGAUUUAGAGCUGAUAUAGGGCUACUAGUGUUGUUUAACGUUUCACUGAUCUAGCACAAGGACAAGGUCAUAUAAGUCGGUAUUCUGACUGGUGAUUUUGUCACGUGAUAAUUGACGGUGGAAAAAGUCAUAACAAAACCCCUUAACAAGAUAAACGAGUCUUCAAAACUCAAUCAGUCAAAAUUCGUGGCAUAGACCAGUUCGGUUCUUUUCUGUCCAACACUUUUGAUAUUCAUGCAUACAUUCACACAUACAUAGGGAGGAGUAAUCGUGAUCUCAACAUUAGGGUGAGUGAACAUGUACCGAAAUGGCUUCAGAAACAAAUACAAUCAAGUGACCCGAUAAGAGCAGAGGAUAAACAUCCAUCAUCCUCUAUUGCUAAACAUAUAAUUGAAACAGGUCACAAGAUUGAUCUAAAUUCAGCUUUUGUAGUGCUGUAUAAAAGUGUAAAAGGGCGUAUACUAAGGUUCAUUGAAGCCUUAGCCAUACGAAAAUUCAAACCCCCUUUAUGUGUUCAAAAACAGUUUGUUCUUACCUUAAACCUACCCUGGUAAUAUUGACUUAUUAUCCAGAGUGAUUAGGUUUCAAAUUGUGUUCACAUUAUUAUUAUUACUCUUAUCAUUAUCCUUAUCUCCUCUUACCCCGUUUCCUGUCUAGUUGACCUUUUAUUUUUAUAUAUAAAUGCUCUUAACAAGUAUAUGUGUGACCAGAUUGUUCGAAAUGUAUUGCGCUAAUAUAUCACAUAGUUCUGAUAAUCUUCGUCUUCUAAUAUCAUUAUCGAAACAUUUAAUUGUGUUUAGUGUUCUGAAAUAUCAGCAAACAAUGAAUGUUGUUAUGAUCAGUUUGGAAUUGAAAUAUUUAAGUUUUCAUUUACUGGUAAAUCAUGUGCAAGCUUCUCUCAAUGACCAAUCAGACAUACGUCUUACCAACCCAGCUUAUUUUGACCUUAAUCUAAACUAAUCGCGUUAAUGAAUGUAAGACAAAUAUCAUUAACCAAUCAUAUUAAUGUCUGCGGUCGUGGUCAGAAUGAAAUUUUUCAAUGUCAUUUUACAUCUGAAUUAUGUAUACAUAACAACUACCGUGACGUCAGACACUUGUGGGUGAUUUCAAAGACUAAGAAACAAGUAUUGAGGCUUCUGUUCAUAUUCUCGAUUGGUGUUUGUUAGACUUUAUUGAUGGAAAAUGGCUCAAUGUGUACCUCCUACAAACAGUGUACAAGAAUGUGAAUUGAGGACAUCAGAAAUACCGACUCAACAAUUCAUCGCCACCAAACUUAGCGUAGAUGAAAUAUUGAAUAGGUAUGUUGGAGAAUAUGGAGUUUGGCAAUGGAGUAUUGUGUUGCUAAUAGUUUUAAGUUCUCCUCUAAUGGUGACGUUACCUGUAUUUGUUAAUGCAGUACCUGACCAUCGUUGUCGGAUGGAAGAUCCUAUCGAAGAAAUAUUCAGAGAAUACAAUUUAAGUUUUGAGGAAGCCGCUGCAUUUGUGGGUCCAUGGGAAGGUGAAAUUCCUGUAACAAUGAUGGGUUGUCUGAGAUUUGCAUUGGACUGGAGCAAUACAACCCUCAUCGAAAACCUACUUUUGAAUAAGUCGGUUGUUUCAUUUAUCGAUCGUGAAUCGUUGAAAACUAAAGCGUGUGUCAACGGUUAUGUAUAUAGAAGUAAAGAGUUUCAAUAUCCCAGUACUGUGGUAGCGGAAUUUAACUUGGUUUGUGAUAAGAGUAUGCUUUCGCCUCUUGGAACCUCUCUUUUUAUGGUUGGAAUGUUGUUUGGAUUCAUUUUCGGUGGUUAUUUUGGUGACAAAUUCGGCAGACGAAACGGUGCAAUUGUAUUCUCUAUCAUUGAAUUACUUGCAGCGGUUGGUGUUUCCUUAGCCCCUAAUCAUCAUAUCUAUCACCUGAUGAGAACAAUUGUUGGGUUUUCUAGUACAGGAAAAGCCGUCCCCCUACGCCUAUUACCAAUUGAGCUAACUAAUGCCAAAUAUCGAUCAUAUUUCACAUCGUUCAUUGUUUUGGGAAUUGUAUUUGGACAUCGUGCUAUAAUGACUGGAAUAGCUUAUUUGGUACGAGAAUGGCGUCUUCUCAACGCCCUGUCAACGCUACCAUGUCUCACAUGUUUCAUAUACUUUUGUCUUUUACCGGAAUCACCACGAUGGCUAUUAUCUCAGUAUCGUGUUGAAGAAGCCAUCACAAUAUUGAGAAGAGGGUGUCGUAUCAACCACAUUUUGAAGAAAGACAAAUCAAAAUUAUCACAAUUCGACAAUUACCUGAAAGAUUUAAACAAAAACCAAUCUCAUAUGGGAAAGUUAUAUGUCCAUAGUGAACCUAUAAGUGUUUCUGAACGAUUUAUUAAUUUAUUUAAAUCAACCAAGAAAAUUAUUUGUUGUAGACAAAUGAAUAAAGCACUCAUAAUAUGUGUUCUAAUAUUUACGAUGCAUUCGCUUGCCUUUCUGGGUAUCACACUAUUUAGUAAGUACAUCAAUUAUAAUGUUUAUAUAGUAACUCUUAUCAAUGCAUUAACUGGCAUUCCAGGACCAAUUGCUGCAAGUGUAGUUUAUAGAUGUUAUAAGUAUAGACGAUUUCCAUUAAUGUGCACAUAUAUAAUUUCUGCUAUAUUAUUAUGUAUUGGUGGUGUUUAUACAGUAUUAUGGGAACCACUGACUGAUAAUGUAUUGAAUAUAUUCUGUAAUGGUGCUCUUAUUAUGUAUUCUGCUUCAACGAUUAUGCUAUCGAUUUAUUGUGCUGAAUUAUUUCCAUCAUAUAUGCGUUCAAGCGCUGUAGGCAUAUCAAAUGGUCUAGGUAGAAUCGGUGGGAUCAUUUCAACACUUGUAAAUUAUACUGAUUUUACUUUUAAACAUGGUACGCCUGUACUGAUUUAUUCCGGUUCCUCAAUGCUUCAAGCUUUCCUACUAUACUGUUUACGUGAUACAAGCGGUGAAGAUCUUUCUGAUGUUGACAAAUGCAUAGAAUCUGCAACUGAUGAUCAUGUUCAUCAAAAUGGAUCUAAUAAAAGUAUUGAUGCAGGAAGAGAAGAGUUUGUAAUCAAUUUGAAAACAUUAGAAGACCGAAUAAAAUCGUCACCAACAACUGUAACUAAUCUCUAGUAUUUUCACAUUUCUAAAUGAUACAAUUUUAAUGUAAACUAACUGAUCCCAAUAAAAUUUCUUGAAUUAUGUUGUCAUUAAAUUUCAUUAUCUUUGUUAGCUAUGUCCAUAAACAACCAAUCAAAUCGUUGCCUUAGCUCCCACCACAUUCAUCUGGUCUGAUGUGUCUGUAAACUUUCCCUGAUGCAUGUGACCUGCCAACUGAAAGACAUUAUUAUCCUAUUAUAUUAGUGUGUUUCAUAAUUUAUAUCCAUUUUGAUUGGACACGCAAUACUUGUGGGCACGUAUGUGCCGUUUCAAUUAAUGACUGUAAUUCCAUUAAUUAUUGUACUGGUCUAAUUGUUUGAAGUUUAGAAACAGAUAAAUUUUG